AUGAGAUCUGCCAUUGCUAUCACAGGCCUGCUGGCUGCCUCGACUUCCGCCGAGCUGUACAGCGGGCUCUCCCAGAGUAAUCACUCUUGUUCAAUACAACCAGCGUAUCGCUCGUGCUCCAAGAAGGCGAACCCUGCAUCAGCAGACACUUGCUGCACGGAGACCUUCGGAGGCCUAAUCCUGUCAACUCAGUUUUGGGACACUUGGAGUGAGAAUCCUCUCCCGCCGAAUGAGUUUACUCUUCACGGUUUGUGGCCUGAUUUCUGCAACGGCUCUUACACCCAGUACUGCGACCUCUCACGUCAAUACGACCCUUUCCCAUCACCAAAUACCACCAACGGCCUCCCGAAUGGCACAGUCGUACCAGCCUACAAUGGCACUGGUGUCGACACCUUCCUCGAGGCGUUCGGUCUCUACGAUCUCCUCGCAUGGAUGAACAAGCAUUGGGUCGCUCAGACUGGUCCCAACCACGUCUUGUGGGCGCACGAGUUCUCCAAGCAUGGAACGUGUUACUCCACGUUCGAUCUGCCCUGCUACGGUCCGAAAUACGUCGAGCACGAGGAAUUCGUCGAUUACGUCGAAACAGCCAUUCGCUACCAGCGUCAAUUGCCAACUUGGGAAUGGUUGGCCGGACAUGGCAUCCUGCCGAGUAACAGCACGGGAUACACAAGGUCUGACUUGGAGAACGCCUUGACGGAGGAGUACGGCGCGGUGCCAUACUUAGGAUGCUCUGGUCCCAGGUACAACGAGACGGAUGCUGGCAAAGCGGCGAAGACCAACGAUACCGGCAGGACAGUUCUGGGCGAAGUGUGGUACUUCAGGCAUGUGAACGGCAGACCGCAGGAUGGUCAUGCAGUGCCCGUCGACUCGCCGAGUGUCUCUGGGUGCACGAAUGCUACGAAUGCUUUGUGGUAUUACGAGCAGACUGCACAGAACGCUACCAAGUACUGA